GCCAGCAGGAAGCCCGGCGCGCGGGGGCGGGGUCGUGAGGCGGCAGGAGGCGGGGCUCUCGGGGCCGCUGCCGCAGCUACCGCCGCGCAUUGUGCAGCAGGCGGGCCCCCGCGCGGCAGGGCCCUGGACCCGCGCGGCUCCCGGGGAUGGUGAGCAAGGCGCUCCUGCGCCUCGUGUCUGCCGUCAAUCGCAGAAGGAUGAAGCUGCUGCUGGGCAUCGCCUUGCUGGCCUACGUCGCCUCUGUUUGGGGCAACUUCGUUAAUAUGAGCUUUCUACUCAACAGGUCUAUCCAGGAAAAUGGUGAACUAAAAAUUGAAAGCAAGAUUGAAGAGAUGGUUGAACCACUAAGAGAGAAAAUCAGAGAUUUAGAAAAAAGCUUUACCCAGAAAUACCCACCAGUAAAGUUUUUAUCAGAAAAGGAUCGGAAAAGAAUUUUGAUAACCGGAGGCGCAGGGUUCGUGGGCUCCCAUCUAACUGACAAACUCAUGAUGGACGGCCACGAGGUGACCGUGGUGGACAAUUUCUUCACGGGCAGGAAGAGAAACGUGGAGCACUGGAUUGGACAUGAGAACUUCGAGUUGAUUAACCACGACGUGGUGGAGCCCCUCUACAUCGAGGUUGACCAGAUAUACCAUCUGGCAUCUCCAGCCUCCCCUCCAAACUACAUGUAUAAUCCUAUCAAGACAUUAAAGACCAAUACGAUUGGGACAUUAAACAUGUUAGGGCUGGCAAAACGAGUCGGUGCCCGUCUGCUCCUGGCCUCCACAUCGGAGGUGUAUGGAGAUCCUGAAGUCCACCCUCAAAGUGAGGAUUACUGGGGCCACGUGAAUCCAAUAGGACCUCGGGCCUGCUACGAUGAAGGCAAACGUGUUGCAGAGACCAUGUGCUAUGCCUACAUGAAGCAGGAAGGCGUGGAAGUGCGAGUGGCCAGAAUCUUCAACACCUUUGGGCCACGCAUGCACAUGAACGAUGGGCGGGUGGUCAGCAACUUCAUCCUGCAGGCGCUCCAGGGGGAGCCGCUCACGGUAUACGGAUCCGGGUCUCAGACAAGGGCGUUCCAGUACGUCAGUGAUCUAGUGAAUGGCCUCGUGGCUCUCAUGAACAGCAACGUCAGCAGCCCGGUCAACCUGGGGAACCCAGAAGAACACACAAUCCUAGAAUUUGCUCAGUUAAUUAAAAACCUUGUUGGUAGCGGAAGUGAAAUUCAGUUUCUCUCCGAAGCCCAGGAUGACCCACAGAAAAGAAAACCAGACAUCAAAAAAGCGAAGCUGAUGCUGGGGUGGGAGCCCGUGGUCCCGCUGGAGGAAGGUUUAAACAAAGCAAUUCACUACUUCCGUAAAGAACUCGAGUACCAGGCAAAUAAUCAGUACAUCCCCAAACCAAAGCCUGCCAGAAUAAAGAAAGGACGGACUCGCCACAACUGAACUCCUCACUUUUAGGACACAAGACUACCAUUGUACACUUGAUGGGAUGUAUUUUUGGCUUUUUUUGUUGUUUAAAGAAAGACUUUAACAGGUGUCAUGAAGAACAAACUGGAAUUUCAUUCUGAAGCUUGCUUUAAUGAAAUGGAUGUGCCUAAAAGCUCCCCUCAAAAAACUGCAGAUUUUGCCUUGCACUUUUUGAAUCUCUCUUUUUAUGUAAAAUAGCGUAGAUGCAUCUCUGCGUAUUUUCAAGUUUUUUUAUCUUGCUGUGAGAGCAUAUGUUGUGACUGUCAUUGACAGUUUUAUUUACUGGUUUCUUUGUGAAGCUGAAAAGGAACAUUAAGCGGGACGAAAAAUGCCGAUUUUAUUUAUAAAAGUGGGUACUUAAUAAAUGAGUGGUUAUACUAUGCAUAAAGAAAAAUCCUAGCAGUAUUGUCAGGUGGUGGUGCACCGGCAUUGAUUUUAGGGCAGAUAAAAGAAAUCUGUGUGAGAGCUUUAUGUUUCUCUUUUAAUUCAGAGUUUUUCCAAGGUCUACUUUUGAGUUGCAAACUUGACUUUGAAAUAUUCCUGUUGGUCAUGAUCAAGGAUAUUUGAAAUCACUACUGUGUUUUGCUGCGUAUCUGGGGCGGGGGCAGGUGGGGGGGGACAAAGUUAACAUAUUCUUGGUUAACCAUGGUUAAAUAUGCUAUUUUAAUAAAAUAUUGAAACUCA